AUGCUGGUUGACAUCUCCCGAGACGACUUCCCUGUCGUGUUCGUGUCGGAUGCAAUGUGCCGGCUAGUUGGGAGGGAUCGAUCAGAGCUCCUGUCAAGUCGCUGGGAUUUCUUCGCGGGAGAAUCGUCGGACUUGGAGGAUGUUGAAGCUGUACAAAAAGCGCUUCGAGGAUCGGAGCGCUGCUCGCGGUGCGUUCUAUCGUACAGGAGUGACGGGAGCUCGUUCUGGAACCACAUCAUGGCAGAGCCC